UGAACAUGUGACAAUUUGAUUCCAAUUAGUAUUCAAAUUGGUUACGCGCAACACAGCCUGCAUCGUUUCACCAUGUCGACGUUACAAGGCGAUGGCUUAUCGACCUCAGGCGCCGUUGAACCGGAAGCAAGUCCGCCAGCUGCAGAACAAAGUGGGGAGCACAGACUUGACCAGACCGACAAUGGCCAGGGGAUAGGGAUCGAGGAGGAUGAAAGAGAGCAGGAGCCGGAUGAAGACCCCGCUGCUGCUGCAAUGCAGAAUUCCACUAGAGCGGCCAGCACGAAGAUUUUCGGGACAAUGAGGAAAUCGAAUCCUUCAGCUAAGAAAGGGAACGACGCGUACAACUAUGAAGAAAAAUACCCCGAGGAUCCGAUUUAUGAAGAGACAGCACCUAAUGCGAGGGUUUGGAGAACGUACGAAGAUGAAAGCAAGAUUCACGAUGCUAACAUGGUCGAAGAAUCUCGAGAUAACGUCGACCUCUUACUUGUCUUUGCGGGUCUUUUCUCAGCGGUUGUGACAACAUUUGUAGCCCAAACGUCGCAGAGUCUGCAGCCAGACUAUGCGGCCAUGUCGGCUUCUCUACUCUAUGAAUCGGUCCUGGUUCAACGUGCCAUCGCCAACGGUUCCUCGGUCAACAGCAUUACCCCUUCUCCCCUCAACCCCAACAUUCCAUUUGUUCCCGCCACCACGGAUGUUUGGGUGAACGGGCUCUGGUUCACGAGCCUGUUCCUAAGUCUGACGACCGCCCUCGUUGCUGUUCUUGUAAAACA